UUUCACUCACAAAAAUCUCUAUUCUUCUUACACUACAAUGAUGGCCAUCCACACAUCCAUGGGUCACAAUACACUCUCUCUUCUUCUACUACUCUCAUUUUCACUUGCCGUCAGGGCCCGCCCAGCUUUGUUCCAGCAAGAUUUCAGAAUCACAUGGUCAGAUACUCAUAUCAAGCAAAUGGAAGGUGGAGAUGCCAUCCAGCUGACCCUAGACCAAUCUUCAGGAUGUGGGUUCGCUUCCAAGAACCAGUACUUGUUCGGGCGUGUGAGCAUGAAGAUCAAGCUCAUACCAGGCGACUCAGCUGGAACGGUUACUGCCUUUUAUAUGAAUUCAGACACCGAUACAGUCCGCGACGAGUUGGAUUUUGAGUUCUUGGGCAAUAGGACCGGGCAACCGUAUACCGUCCAAACGAAUGUGUACGCCCACGGGAAGGGCGAUAGAGAGCAAAGGGUCAACUUGUGGUUCGAUCCGGCCGCUGAUUAUCAUACUUACUCGAUCCUUUGGAAUCAUCAUCAAGUUGUCUUCUCCGUAGACGAGGUGCCCAUUCGAGUAUACAGAAACAACGAAGCAAAGGGCAUUCCAUUCCCAAAAGUCCAACCAAUGGGCGUCUACUCGACUCUGUGGGAAGCUGAUGACUGGGCCACACGUGGCGGUCUAGAAAAGAUCGAUUGGAGCAAAGCACCAUUCUACGCAUACUACAAAGAUUUCGACAUCGAAGGCUGUCUGGGCCAUGGUCCCCCCACCUGCGCAUCCAACCCCUCCAACUGGUGGGAAGGCCCAUCUUACCAACAGCUCGAUCCCGUCCAAGCACGUCGCUAUCGUUGGGUUCGUAUCAACCACAUGAUCUACGACUACUGCACCGACAAAUCCCGUUACCCCAUCACCCCUCCUGAAUGCAUCGCCACCGUUUAAUUCUCUAUUUAUCAGAUUAGAUCUCUCAUCCUCGAUAAUUGAAUCCUAUCCUUCCAAGUUACCCAAAUCAACGGUGGAUGAAAUUGGUAGAUAAUCUCUUCUUACGUACUAAUUGGUACACACGAUCUUUAGGUUGUGUGGACCUAUCCAUGCAAGGGGUAGAAUGGGAAUAAUAAUGUGUUGUAUAGUGAUACACACCGAUGUAUCGUGGCCUAUCUCUAUCUUCAUUUGUGUUUAUUAGCUGGAAACCGUUGUGUAAUAAAGUCAUUGCAUGAUUGUGAAAAUGAUGGCAGACGCACUGUUUAAACUUUUAAGAGUUUUGAAUAGUAAAAUGAAAAUCACCAACUGCGUUUUUACUGCA